AUGAAUUACAAAUUUUGGUUUUUCUCUUGUUUUUUCAUUGCGAAAGGAGCUCUUCCAGAUGAAGAUAGAGUUGUGGUCAGAACGGGUUUUUCGAGAAUUUCAAGAAGCGUUGCCAAUUCUACAGCGGAGGAUAUUUUUCUUGAGAUAACUGGCGGUGAAAGUUUGGGCGAAAAGAUGACUUUGAAAGCUCAGCUGAAUAUUUUCAACUACACGGCUCAUUUGACCGACUGCGAUAUUUUCAUCAAUUCAAAAACUUAUCGAAUCCUCGAGUCUGAAACCGUUACUUCAACAGGACUUUUGCUCAAUGUUCAAAAACUCAGUAGCUGGACUCUUGAAUUGAAGAGAUUUUCAACGUCUGCUUCGAAGAUGGAAAAAAUGGACUUUCAAUGCGAAAUUCGGCUGUCUUCUUGUCUUCCAUCCGCUGAUCCUCUUGGUUAUUACUACACUGGACAUCGCACAGUCACCAACUCAGGUCGAACCUGCCAAAAAUGGAGUUCCCAAUGGCCCCAUAGUCACUCUUACCGCAAUCAAAUUAUUUCGCGCUUUGGCGAACGAUUUCUCAAUACAAAUUACUGCCGCAAUCCUGAUAACUACAACGGCGGAGUCUGGUGCUACACCACAGAUCCAAGCAAGAGAUGGGAAUUGUGUGAAAUUCCAACUUGUGAUUUUUGA